AUGGAAAAGAAACCUAGAGGACCCCUUUUUGAUCUUUAUUAUUUUUUAUCAUCGUCAUCUUUGUCUUCGAUGCUCCUCCUGGUUCUUUUCUACAUCUUCGUAGCCGUCCCCACCGCCCCGGUCAAUGCAGCCACCUCCUCCGCCCCUCCCACCCCCACCACCUUCACCCCACAAGACAAGUACUUCAUCGACUGCGGCGCCACUUCCCAAACCACCCUCCCGGACGGCAGAGUCUUCUCAUCUGACAACAAUUCCACCCAGUACUUAAAAUCAAAAAGCCGUGACAUCCAAGUUUCGACACCCAAAGCAGAUGUCCCUCUUCCCAUCUACCUCACAGCCAAAGUGUUCGUCUCCGAGGCCACUUACACCUUUCACAUGGCUAGACCGGGUUAUCAUUGGGUUCGUCUCUAUUUCUACCCCGUCAGCAACAAAGAGUUCAAUCUCCAAACCGCAAAGUUCAGUGUCAACACGGACACAUUGGUUCUGCUCCAUGAGUUCAGUCUCAGCAAUGCCAACAAUUGGGUUCUCAAAGAGUACUUGGUCAAUGUCACCACUGAGCGUUUUUCCAUCAAAUUUGUCCCUGACAAGGGCUCCUCCGCCUUCAUCAAUGCCAUCGAGGUGGUCUCCGCCCCAGACAUUCUCAUUCCUGACACCGGCUCCAGCCUCUCCCCUGUCGCCCAAAUCAAUGGACUGGCUGCAAAUUCAUAUCAAACAGUUUACAGGCUCAACAUGGGAGGGCCUGAAAUCACCUCUGACAAUGACACCCUUGGUCGAACAUGGGCCACAGAUGAGCAAUACUUGAAGGACAAGGAAAUAGCUAAGAGUGUCUCUGUUGCUCCUAGUGUCAUCAAGUAUCCACAAGCAGGGUCUCCAUUGAUUGCGCCGCCUUCAGUGUAUGCCUCUGCGCAGCAGAUGGGUGAUGCAAAAGUGGGUAGUCCUAAUUUCAAUGUAACAUGGAACCUUAAUGUUGAUACUGCAUACGGGUACCUUGUAAGACUUCAUUUUUGUGACAUAGUGAGCAAAUCUCUAAAUGACCUCUACUUCAAUGUGUACAUCAAUGGUAAAACGGCCAUUUCUGGAUUGGACUUGUCCAGCGUGACAGAAGGCGGUUUGGCAACGCCUUACUACAAAGACAUUAUUGUGAAUGGUUCAGUGAUUUCUAGUCCUCUUAGCAUUCAGAUUGGUCCGAUGAACCAAGACACCGGUACAAAGAAUGCCAUUAUAAAUGGUCUAGAGGUCUUGAAAAUGAACAAUUCAGUGAAUAGUUUGGAUGGAGAGUUUGGUGUUGAUGGCAAGAGUGCUACCAAUGCCUCCAAAGGCACGGUGGCUGCAGUUGGAUUCGCGAUGAUGUUUGGAGCGCUUGUGGGAUUGGGAGCAAUGGCAGUCAAGUGGCAGAAGAGGCCUCGUGAUUGGCAGAAGAGCAAGAGCUUCUCCUCAUGGUUACUCCCACUUCAUGCCGGAGACUCAAGCUACAUGUCACGCAAGAAUUCUUCUCGGAAGACCAAUUUCUACUCAUCCACAAUGGGAUUAGGCCGGUACUUCUCUUUUGCGGAGUUGCAGGACGCAACCAAUGAUUGGGAUCCAAAUGCAGUGAUUGGUGUUGGUGGUUUUGGCAAUGUCUAUAUUGGUGAGAUUGAUGAUGGGAGUCAAGUUGCCAUCAAGCGAGGCAACCCACAAUCCGAACAAGGUAUCAAUGAGUUCCAGACAGAGAUUCAGAUGUUAUCAAAGCUUAGACAUCGACAUUUGGUGUCACUUAUAGGCUAUUGUGAUGAGAACUCUGAAAUGAUCUUGGUGUAUGAGUACAUGUCCAAUGGACCUCUCAGGGACCAUCUCUAUGGUAAAGACUUGACUUUGACAUGGAAGCAAAGGCUAGAAAUCUGUAUUGGUGCUGCUCGAGGGCUUCAUUACCUCCACACUGGGGCAACUCAAGGCAUUAUCCACCGUGAUGUCAAGACCACUAACAUUUUGCUGGAUGAUCAAUUCAUUGCCAAGAUGGCUGACUUCGGGCUGUCCAAGGACGCGCCUACAACUGAGCAAACUCAUGUGAGCACAGCGGUGAAGGGAAGUUUCGGGUACCUUGACCCCGAAUACUUCAGGAAGCAGCAGCUGACAGACAAGUCAGAUGUGUACUCAUUCGGAGUGGUACUAUUAGAGGUGUUGUGUGCAAGGCCUCCUAUCAACCCAGGGCUGCCAAGAGAUCAAGUGAACUUGGCAGAGUGGGCAAUGCUGAAUAAGCGAAGAGGCACGCUCGAAAAGAUCAUGGAUCCUCUUCUUGUCAAUGUCAUUAACCCCGAAUCCAUGAAGAAGUUCACGGAGGCUGCAGAGAAGUGUUUGGCUGAGUAUGGCGUGGACAGGCCUACGAUGGGCGAUGUCUUGUGGAACUUGGAGUAUGCUUUGCAGCUGCAAGAGGCUUCCUCACAAGGAAAGGCCGAGGAGGAAAAUAAAGGAUUAGGUGCCACAACCUCCCCUGGGUCACCUGCUACUGUUGCUCCUGCUCCUGCUGCUGCCUCCGAUAAUAGGCCAAUUUCUUCACCAGAAGCGAAUAGAAACCCUGCUGAAGUUCCCAUUGAUGCGCAUUCUGGUACUGCAAUGUUCCAACAAUUCGGCUCACUCAAUGGUAGAUAAAUUUCACCGUUUCCUUACUGACUAAAUCGGUGAUGAUAUAUAUAUUAUGUGAAGUUUCUUGUGGGGUUAUAGAUUUUGAAUGAGUGAGAAGUAGUUAGCAGGCAUCUCUUGAAUGUUAACACACUUACUACACAACUUCUUCAAUGCUGCAUGGUAUGCACUACUCUGUAUCAUCCUUGACUCUUUUUCCUCUCUCAUGGUGUUGAUCUAUUCUUUAAGGUGUGAUUUAUAUAUGGGUGUGAAUGUAUAUGCAACACUACCUUCAAUCCUAUAUAAUAUUUAUAUAUAUGACACUGUAAUAAAUAAUAAUAGUGUUGUGGCUUUGUUUCUCACUAGAUUGUAGAAUUCUCCUUUUGGGAUUGAGUCAGAACCAUGUACAAAUUUACUAGGGAGCU